AUGGCAUCACCACAAUUCAUUGAAUCUCUAACGAGAUUGAUUAAUGAAGAAAUGAAUCAACAAAUGCAUCAAUUGAAAGAAGAGAAUAAACAAUUAAAGGUAGAAUUGAAUACGAUGAAGUUUGAAUUGAAUAGUGUGGUUAAACUCUACUCCAAAGUCAAGUCUGAAUAUGAAAGAUUAGUGAAAACUACUCAAUCAACGAAUACAACUAUAACGACUGAUAAGAUUAAUAAACCUUUACAAAUAUCAAAAUUAAAGAAUAUAGGUUUGCCUAAUCUAACUAAAUCAUUUAAAGAGAUUGCAAGUUAUGAAAAUAAUGAAGAUGAUAGAUUAAAGAAUGUGCGGCAAUUUCAAUCGCUUUAUGAAUCAAAUGCUACAGUGUUACCACCACCAAAGAAGAAACAAAAAUCGAAUGAAGAAACUCCAAGAUCUGAUGAUGAGUUUCGAUUAUUACCUACACAAUAUUCCGAUGAUGAAGAAGAUCCGGUAUUAAAAUCAUCACCGGUGAAGAUUUCACCUUAUAAGCCCCAUGAUAAUGGAUUUGUAUCUCCCAAGAAACCAACGAGAACGCUCCCGAAUGAAUCUAAUCGAGAUAUUCAUUUAAUGUCAACUCAAUAUACUGCUAGUUCAUCAGUUCCUAAUUCGCAAACAGAAAUCCCAUCUUCAUCACCUCAAAAAGUGGAAGAAAUAGUAGAAGAUUCUCAACAACAAGAAGAAGAAAUAACAUUGAGUGCUAAAGUUGUUGAUGAUGAAUUAACUAAAUUCAUUGCUGAAUUUAAACCCAAGACUAAAUUAAAGAGAAUUCAAUGUGUGAUUAAUUUUUAUGAUAAGAAAUAUCAAACUGAAGAAACAUUUAUGAUUAAUUUAAAGAUAAAUCCUAUUCAUGAACAAGGAUGGAAAUUAUCUGAUUUUAAACCAAAUCCGAUCUGGAUUAAAAAGAGAAAUGUGAGUUAUGUAAAAACACCAGGAGGGAAGACAUUUGAAAGGAGGAUUGGGAUAACUAAACUGGAAGAAAAUAAAAUUCGGAAAUUUUAUCAAGUUGUGAAUCGACAAGGAGAAGAUAAUGACGCAUAUGAAGGGAUUACAUCUGAAGAAGAAGACGAUGGUAAUGAUGAUGAUGAAUAUGAAGAUCAAAUUAGUCAGAUAUUUGAUAAAUUAGCCUCACCACCAGGAUUUAUGCAAAGUGAAUUUCCUGAUAGUGAAGAAAGAAUUAGACGCCGAGAAAUUAUUAAUGCUCGACAAAUAAGACGAUUAAAAAGAAGAAUUAAAGCAUGUAUACAAGUUAAUAAAUUUAAAGAGCAAAUGGGAGAAUUUGUGUUUAGUUUAGAAAUUUUAAAUAAGUAUGUUAAAGCUAAUCGAUUCACAUUAUGA